UGUCGUUGCGCUUUUGUGUCUUGAGAAGCGCGAGCGUGCGUGCGUGCGUGCGUCCGUCCGUCCGUGUGUGCGUGUGUGCGUGGAGCUCCCGCGCUGCUGCCGACUUUCUUCUAGACCGACUUUCUUCUAGACUUCUGCACGAACUGCUGCCAUAGCGAGCGGACGACUCUCAGCUCUUCCACCUCAAGGACCCAGAGGCCCUGCAGAAGCCAGCUCUUCGUUGGGUGUUGCCGCCAUGAGGCACGUGCUGAACCUCUAUCUGCUAGGUGUGGUGCUGACGCUGCUUUCCAUCUUCGUUAGACUGACGGAGUCACUGGGGAACUUGUUGGAGAGCCCGUUGCCUGGGAGUCCCUGGUCCACCAGAGGUCACCUAGCCAACCCAGAACCCCCCAAAGGCCUUUCAGACCAUCCAUCUAGAGGAGUGCAGUAAAGCCUCCCUCCACGCCAGCCAUACUUUGGCAUGCUGAGCUCAGCAUGGCCAUCCAGGCGUUCCAUUUCCUAACAGGCAAGAUCGCAGCAUUAUUGUCUCCAAAGAACUGUUACGAGGCCUGGAAGGACCUGCUUGGAUCCUCCUUAUCCUGGAAAAAGAGCCUGUUUCAUGCACGGGUGUGAGUGGGUUGCCUAUUGCUGUGGGAUGGAGUGAUCUGUCUCCCAGGGUCCCGUGUCUUGUGCUGUCCUGUGCUUCGGCUGUUUGGGACAUGGUGGCGUUCUCACCUUUCCGUCCUAAGCCUCCACCAAAGGUUCCUUUGGACAUAACUUGUCAGGUUGGUUCAGUAUCUCGUCCACAAGAGCUCUCUGUAUUUGGAUAGCUCUUUGGCUGUAAAGAAGGGAGGGUGGAUUGUCCAGUAUCAAAUUCUCAGAUGCUCUUCCUCCAACAGAGUGUGCAUGUGUUUGUAUAUAAUUGUUCCAGAAGGGCAGUGGGAUGACCAUACCUGCCUAGAACGUGGGCUUUAUGGCCACCAUGUGGCUCAAACGACAUUUUCUAAUGUAAUAAAGUUGGAUCUAUAUUUCCA